AUGGCGACGCGCAGGGCUCUCUCGAGGGUCUUCUGCCGCGUGCUCUCGCGCCCGAGGACGCGCGUCUCGCUCCCGCGCGCGUCCGCCUUCCCCGCGGCGGCGGCGGCCGCGACCGCGCGUCGCGCGUCGUCGUCGUCGUCGUCGUCGUCGUCCGCGCCAGCAGAGCACGUCGUUCCGAGAACGUACGGCACUCCCUCGACCGCCGGGACCGCCGAGGCCGCCGCCGUCGCCGCGGCCGCGGAGCGCGUCGUCCUCCCGGAGGUGUGCGAGCACCUCAUCAGGCACGGGUACGCGGUCGUGGACGGCGCGCUGGACGGGGUGACCGUCGGCGAGGGCGGCGCGUCCCUGAGCGAGACGCUGCGACGCGAGCUCGAUCGACUCGCCUCCUCGUCCGACGCCGACGCCGACGCCGACGCCUCGUCCGCGGGUUCCUCGCGCGCGCCCGACGGGAUGAAGCGCAACGCGACCGUCCUCGUCCAAAAAGAUCGCGUCGUCCAGCUCGAGAAGGCGAACAUCUUCGAGGCGGAGGUGCACGCGAUGAAGGAUGAGAUGGCGUCGCGCUUUCCCGCGUUUCGCGCGCUGCGCGAAGACCGAACGUUCCUCACGCUCCUCAACGCGCACGCGCCACCGCGGACGCGCGCGGAAGACCUCCACCACCAGGUCGUCAAGUUGCAAGUGAACUUCGGCAUGGGCGCGUGCUUCCCGUUGCACUUUGACUCCGCCGCGGAGUUGGACGGACGACGCGUCACCGCGUUGACGUAUUUAAACCCGGGUUGGAAGGAGGGCGACGGCGGCGAGCUCGUCGUGUAUCCGUUUCCGUCGCCGCCGGUGAAGAUCGAGCCGCGGAUGGGACGCGUGGUGUUGUUCAGCGCGGCGAACAUGCUGCACCGGGUGCUGCCGUCGAAGGCGCGUCGGCUGUGUUUCACGCAGUGGUUCUUCGCGAGGAGCGCGGGCGGUUCAUCAGUUUCGUCGUCGGCGGCGGGUUCGUCGGGUUCGGCGGCGAACGGCGGCGUCGGCGGCGACGGCGGCGACGUCGCCGCCGCGCAGGUCGCCGCGUUGCUUCGCCCGGAGAUGCGGAAACACCUGAUGAAAGUCGUCCACGCGGACGAGUGGGCGAAGUCGAUCGAGGCGUCGCACCCGGACACGCCGGAGAGGAAGAUGGCGCUGGACACGCACUGGCGAGAGGUGGACGUCAUCUCGCGCGCGCUCGCGGGAAAAUUUCCAGCCGGGCUCGCCGAGGUUGCCGCCAUGUCGGGGCCGGGGGAGGACGCGGAGAGGGCGAGAGCGGCGACGCGAGUGGAGUGGUUUUAG